UGCGAGGCGGUGGAGGGGCGGCCCCGCCCCUUCCCUGGGGGACCCGCCCGCGAAGGGGGGCGCGCGCAUGCGCGGCACGGGUGGCCGGACGGGGCGGGUCCUCCUCGCCGCGGGCCGCUGUCCCGCGCGCCCCGCCCCCGCCGCCGGAAGCGCCCCGGUUGCCGUGGCGACGGCGUCCGGGCCCGCGGCGCGGCCGAGGCGGUGCGGGCCGGGGCCGGCCGGCCGCCCUCCCCCCCUCCAUGCCGCGGAAGGCGCUGCUCUGCGUCCUGCAGCUGGAGAUCCGCUCGAUAACUUGCCCCGGAGUGCUAUUGAAAGACAAAGAGGAGCUCUAUCUCAGUGUCUCUGUACUUGGGCAGUACAAAAAAACUCGAUGUGUCCCUGCAGCAUUUCCACUGCUUUUUGAAGAAAAACUAGUAUUUGAAAAGGCAUUUGCUGAUACAGUUGAUCCUGGAGACCUUGUGGAGUUACUUGAGUUUGACACAGCAAUACUUGAGCUAAUACAACUCAUUCCUCCAGUGGGAGAAAUUCUAGCUACUUAUGAAGAAAAUACAAGAGAUUUCCUGUUCCCUGACCCUAAGCUUACUCGUGGGCACCAUGGUUUAGAUCGUGAGAUUUUAAUGAAGAGGUCCUCUUCUUUUACAGGAAUUGCACCAAAAUUGAGAUUUUCUACAAGCUCCCUUAUUACAGAAAGUCUGUUAAGCUCAGGAAGGAGUCACAUACAGGAUAAUUUGAAUCGGGUGCAUCACUCAACCCCAAAUGGAAAAUUGCAAACAAGGUUACCAAAGAAAAACGCUCUUUCACCUGAGAAAAACAGGCAUAGCUUAGCAACAAAGAACUACGAGCAGCCUACAAUAGCUUCUAAAUCACGUUCUCCAUCUCCAUACACAAAAAGACGAAUGUGUGAGCUAUCAGAAGAAGCCAGACAACGACUGGCCCAUUUAAACCUUGGACCUUUUGAAUUCAGAAGAGAAACCGAUAAACCUCCAUUUGUAGUUAGACGUGUUGAACAACCAAGUCCUGGUAUUGAACUUCACACCUGGUGUGCCCCUCGAGAAAAUGCAGCGGAAGCCUGGUCCAAGGUAAAUCAUGAUCCUUCUCUUCUCGGCAGCUACAGGCCCAAGAAAGCCAAAGUAAAAUCUACUCAUGGAAAAGACUUUGAUAGUUCUUCUGAUGUCUGUAAUGAGCAUGUGAUCUCGGGUCUACUGAACAGACAGUCCAAUUCUGCUGGUUCGUUAAUGUGUUCAGCACCUUCCGCACUUCAUAAACAUUCCUUAAGCUCUGUGCUAAGUCGAUCUUCUCUAAGGGAAAGAUUUAACUCUGGUUGGCCUACACCAGCAAAUGGAGAUGAGAUCCAUAAACGAGUGAAAAAUAUUUUAAGGACACACAGUGCUAGACAGCGUCUAAUAUUUGAUGAGAGUAACUCAUCAAAAGAAGACUUGACUAAAACAGGAGAGUUUUCACAUAAAGCAUCCUUAUCUGCGAGUGAACUGCAGAAGAGUUCACCGGUACAGCACAGUGCCACUGUUCACUUGGAUAAUGGUGAAUAUUGGUCCAGUCAUGCAGCUGUAUACAAAGGGAAGCCUCACAGAGCGAUCUUUGAAGACAGUCUCGAGAAAAUAUACAGAAACAUGUACCGAAAAGCUUCUGGCACUGUUUCGGACCAAAAAACCCCCUCCUGAUAGCAUUUUGCCUGGAAAUGCACAGUAUACAAUGUUCAUAUUUUUAAUGAAAACUAUUUUUAUGUAACAAAUAUUUGUACUCUAUUUUUAAGGUGUAAUUAUGCUUGGACAGGAUUACUGAGCAAUGGGGUUUGGGGCCUGGGUUGCCAAAUGGGGAACUACUUAAAAACAAACAAAAACUAAGCCUCUUCCUAAUUUAUCAAGCGGUGUUACUCCUUUCAGACUAUCAGAAGAUAGUCAUUUGAAGACUAAUAGGUCUGCCGGACAUUCUUGUCUGACAUCGAGUCAGGUUUCAGCUGCAGCCAACUUUUUAAAAAAUCAUUAUAACUAUUUAGUAACAUAAAUAGAAUUGGUUGAAAAAGUAAUAUGUCUUAGUGUUCAGAGAGGCAGUCUAAAGGGGAAGGGUGAAGGUGUGUUUUGAUAUAAAAGCGUCUGCUUUGGGAAAGAGGGAAUUGUUUUUUAGAAAAUUGCCUUUGGAUUAUUUUUUUUGAGAAAGGCAGAAGAAAAAAGCCCAUACUGACCUAUAGACAUGCUUUCAAAACGUUUUCAAGCACCUUUAGUAACAAACUUUCUAAUACUGUCAAAUUUUAAAAGAAACCUGCCCAACCCAGCAGUCUUUUUAUCAGGAGAAAGUUCUUCUUCACAUACCUGUGCACUUGAAAGUUUCCAGGUUCUCUUGAAUGCAGCCAUGACAUUUGCCAACAUACUUGUAAUUUAAAAAAUACGAAUAAGAAAAGGGCGAGGAGGGGGUAGGCCUGGAGCUAGUCAGCAAGCUCAUAUACCCAGUUCAGGCCUUCUGAAGUCCCUGCAUCACCAUCCCACCUAAUUUGGAGCCUAUCCUUACCAGCCUGCUGGGAUCCUGUUGGAAGAAAUUGCAUCCUUUUUGCUAAAGGCCACCAAAUGUUCAUCAGCAGUUCAAUGCUUUCCCAAGAGACGGAACCUUUUCAGCUUUGCAUUGAACAGAUCCCACAUUAACAGACCGGGGCAAAUUGCCCAUCUAUUGAAAAACCGAAUGUUUUAAAAGGGCAAGAGUGUCCAUCUCCUGCUUCUUUUUAAAAUGGGGAAAAAACAAAUGCAUAUUCUGGCUCUUUCCCUGACUGAGAGAACAGAUUCAGUUACACUGAUGCCAUUUUACCUGUUACGAUUGGAUAAAGGAUAAAGCUAGCAGUACAGAUGGCAGAACAUAUGACUGUAACCUGCCAGCAUGCCUAGAUAAACAAAAAGUUGGUCUACUCUGCCUUCCAUCCUUUAACGCUGAGACAACAUAAUUGAUUUGAGAAAGCAGUUGGUGAGCAAUUAUGCUAGUGGGAAAGCACGUUGAAAGGCUGUGUGCUUCUGUUUCAGGAAAGGGGACUCUCAGAGGAAGUGUCUUGCAUAUAGACAUUUCUAUUCCUUGUAACAGUUAAACCAGUUGAAGUGGAUUAACACUGAUAACUUCCUGUCCCUGAUGCCAUUUAGCACGUUAGUGCUUUCAAAGGGCAUUAGUUGUUCAGUCUUAUGCUAUAGAUAAGUGUUGAGUCACUCUAUUGAGAAGUAGUACACUUUUUUUUUUUCUUCAGAAGUGAAAAGUAAAACUGUCCAUGCUGUGUCACCAAAGGAUGGUGGCCAUGGAGUGUUACAGCACCAGUACCUGGUAUUCAUCCAUUACCCUGUUCCUGUGAGCCUGUAUUAGUCCAUAAAGGAAUAUUUUCUUUCUUCUUGCUGCCAAGGAAUAUAGGUAUACAUAGACUGGCCCUAAAUAGGCAGAGCGCAUUCUGAGAGACUCUUUCCAAACUUUUGGUUUAAAAUGAAUCUACUGAAAUCUGAAAGUUGCAGUGGUUUCCCCAUAUGUGUUGGAGUCUUCGAGAUUUGCUGUUCUUCUCAUGGCAUCCUAUAGUCUUCAUUCAAUAUUCUCUGUAUUUGGCUUCCUUAGUGUCAUAGCUUGGUAAAAGUUAGCGUAGUCAGAAGGUUGGCUGCUCCCCUUUGGCCAAAUCUCAGUCUGCUGCAAAGAAGUACUGUUCAGUUUACCCUUCCCUGGCACUCCAGCAUUGCAGAUUUCCAUCCCUGCUAGUUCAAUGGGUAGGAAGGCCUGAAUGCUCAAGCUCUUUGUGUGGAUGACCCAGGGACACAAGUUGCCAAGAGAUCAAGAAAGAAGGAGGGGACGAAGAAGACUGGAGGCCAGUGUGAAAAAACAGGGUAAUGUUUUGGAGGGGCCAGAGGAAUGGCUGGGGUAUGUUUCAUUCUGUUCCUUUAACUAAAGAAGGGAAACAUAUGGUAAAUAUGGCAACCUUUGUUUUUUACAUCAAAGGGUCUUUUAAUCUGUAUUUCAUACAGGGACUCAAUGGGAGAAAAAGAAAGUGUCAUACCUUUUUGACUAGUAUGAAUAUUCUCACGUUGUAGCCUUCGUAUGCAGCGUAACAACAAAUGAAGCAGAUAGACUGUAAGUGUCUUUGGCCCUGAUCUGACUGCUAAGGGAGAUGGUGUAUAUGAAGUCUUUCUGAAUCAGCUGCUGCAGAAUAUGUGUUUCUCUCUUGGGUCAGUCAUUCCACAGCUUAUAUGCUGCGAUAGAGGAAAAACAUGCUCUUUUCCAAGCACUGUGCUGGAAAUCUGUUUUGGUUAAUGGAAAACUUUUCUAUGAAAUGUGACUGAAGACCCAAAUUACUCCGAUAUGUCCACAAAAUCUGCAAGCCACUUAGUUUUUGAAAGCUUUUGGCCCUUUCCCUGUUUGCUCAGCUAGCUCUCCUAUUAAUAUGCAUACAGCUCAAGUGCACUGAACGCUGCUGCUCCUUUGCUACUGCAGUGUGUGAUAAGUAUAGGUUCAGGCAGUGAACCAACAUAGUAAUAAACUGUAAUUGUUUAGUGCACCUUGCUUUCUAAUACAAUUUAAAUCCCUUCUAUCAAAUGCAAAUUUCUAGGUUCCUGAGUAGAGCUUUAAAUAGCUUUUUCUACGUUCAUUCCUUAUCUUUUGUCAUCCACAAAGUGGUCCGUUAGUGACAGUGGGAUGGCAUAAUUCCACCAUCAUCAUUUUACCUACUAAAGGAAAGCUACCUACUCAAAUCUAGAAAUAAUGGGCUAGAUUAAGAGAGAAUUAGUGUUUUUCUAUCAAGUCUGUCUCUUCCUCCUGCCCUCCCCAGGUUAUUACAACCCAUGAGUGUUCUUGCCAAAUGUUAUGGCUUCCAGUGUUGCUUGCGGUAUGCAAUAUAGUCAGAACAGUAUUUUAAUCUUUUUCGUUUUAACAAGUCAGAGUCCUCUUAAUUUGCUCCCUUCCCCCUUUGCUACAAGUAACUUUGUAUAGUUCAGGAUCUUGGGAUGACUUUGCACAAAUUAGCUAGCUGUGUACGAGCGUGCCGGAUCCUCUGCUAAAUUGUAGUUGCUUUGGAAAUCACUCAGUCUGGGACCUAUUGCAGAUUUAAAAAAUAUCAAGAUCUUUAAUGAUUUGCCUUAUCUAAGUUUUCAGCUAAGAAGAGGGAAGCUUAAACUGGUCAACUAGGGGCAAGAGGCAUAGGAAUGGAUAGAGUAGUGGGAACAGGUAGCAAUAAGAUGGGUGUUUAACCCCCAAAUCAGCUUUGAAGCCCCAAGCCCCCCCAAAGCAGCUCAGAACAUGAUGAGGGCUGUUAUCUAGACGGUGUAUCACAUGUGUGAAUUUUGCUGUUGCUUAGGGGUUUGCCAGAAAUGGUGAGAGGAGAAAGAAGUCUGCCCAUAAGGGUUGGUAACCUGUGGGGGGUUUUUUGUUUUGUUUUUUUUGUAAAAUAACAGACUUUUAGCUCUGCUCAGUAUUAAGUAGUCUGUGCUAAACUCGCUGUCAUUGUAACCUCAGCUGUAAAAUGGGGAGUUUGUGCUCUGAAGCUUAAUUAAAUGACUGUACAGUGCUUUGGGAUCCUGAGGUGAAUGUCGUUAGAGAAAUUAUUUUAUUUUGUGGCAGCCUGGCUGAAAAGUCCCAUCUUCAGGUUACUAGAAAGGUUUUAUUUCAGUUUUCCCAGUUUUAUUAUGUUUUAAUCGAGCAACUAUCAAACAAGUCUUAAUCUUAUCAAGAUAUACGUCUAUUAACUGUAAGAGACUCUGCUGAGAAAAAGAAGGAACUGCUUUCUGCCUGCUCUUUUAGGAGCUAAUCUUUACAAUGGGUAUCCUGCUCAGCUUACAUCUCCUGGAUGAUGUAGGUUCUUCAUAUUCAUAAUGAUUGCUCUCAUGAUAUCUUUUUUGAAUGCAAGUUCUGUUUUUAUCAUCAUGAUGUCUUAAUGCUUUCUACUAUGUGUACUAACCAGCACUAUUAACAUCUAUCAGAUCAUUUGUUCUCAUCCUCUCCCCAGCGGUGGGGGGUGCAGUAGUGUGCAAUAACUUGACAGUGGAAAACUUUGUGCUGUGCCAUAGGUUUAUCAAAGAAAGUUGGAAAGAAUCUCCACCUUUUCAGUCCGUGUGCAAAGUAUAGUCUAUUAUUAUACUAUUCUGGUCUUCCUAAUUCUUAGACUUGAAGGUAUUUGCAAACAUUUGUUUUCUGAAACACUGAACUAUGCAACAAAAUUAGCCCUUUAGCAGUGGCCACUUAAUUGUAUAAGUCAUGUAAUGUGGAAUCUCUGGGUCAUGUAAAAGCCAGCCAUGAUGUUAAUCGCUUGCCUGGUUACAAAAUGCUCAUUAUCAGGAUGCUGGAGAAUAUCUCAAGAGAUUUGUUUAGGAAUGAAGGAAUUUGGGGAAACUUUUUAUCAGUGACAUUUAGGAAAAGCCAUUUAGCUUCUUGAUGCCAGUUGAAGCUAAGAGUGAACAGCACGUCUGUGAAUGAUUUCAAUGAGCUACCUCACUGACAAAAGUGAUGCCUGGUUUAGGCAAUGGUCCCUGGUAGCAGCAGUCUUUGCCUGGUUCUUUUGAGUUUCCACAAACUGGUGUUGUGGGAAGUGAUCAAGAAUGUUUAAUAGUUCCAGUUUCUUUUAUGCAAUAGAAUAUUGAACAGAAACCUCAUUGCACUGGUUUCUACUACUUUGUCCAUGGAAUUCAAAACAUCUUUAGUCAAAACUCUUAAAGGUGAGGCUAUAGCUCCUUUUGUUAAUGAUGUUGGCUUAAUUUCACCCAUUUGACCAAAGAUGUGCAGUUUGUUUCGUGUGCUUGUCUUGAGAGAGAAAUUCUCUGAAGUGCAGCGAUAAUUUGUCUGGAUGACAACAUGGAGGAAUUGCAAUCCUUCUGUUUGUGUGAUCAAUGUGGAGAUUGUGCUUUUCCUCCUUGUGUAUUUCCACUCGGUUCUGCGUGAUUGCUUUUGACUCUGCAGAGAGCUCUCUGCAGGCUGAGAUGUGGUGAUCUGAGCCUUCUCUCCUCUUCAAGUGAAGGAGUUCGCUGUUGCAAAACAAGGUCCCUUUUAGUUCAUCAGAAUUUACUGAUCCUAAGGAUAGAGCACAAUUUCUUUUUUUCCUGUGGUCAGACAUUUGUGUGAUCCUGAUACCGCUGAAUGGAGAUUGCUUUAUAUGAAGUGGGGUGAGAGGUGGAGAGCAGGGGUAGGUUUCAUCUGUGAGCAGUUCGGUGCAUGGCUUUCCAUGUUUUAUGCAUUUACAUACCAUGAAUUGUGGGUGUGUAAAACAGUCAGUGAAACUUAUAAAUAUGUGUUUAAGUAACAAAAGCACCAUUUACGUUACUGAACUGUGGUGAAUUCUAAUGCUUAUAUUUGUAUUGUUAAACUGACUUGAAGUUUUGGAUGUUGAGCUAAUUGUGUAAUUAUAAAGACUGUAGCUGUAUGAACUGUUUCAUUCAGUACCCCAGUAGUAAACAAUUGCUAAGAGGUUGCUUUCCCUGCCUGCCUUGUUUUCACCACAGUCAUCUAGUGUUUACAUACAUUUUAGCCACUGUGCCGUUUUUGAAGGCUUUAUUUGUCUCAUUUACGUUUUUGGUUUGGAUAAUACUUAAAUAUGAAAUCCAUCUGUGAAACAUAUUGUAUAUUCACGUUGAGGGGUAAAACCAGUUUUUAAUUAAAAUUUUAUACAGCACUUGUA